GCCCCCCUCAGGUUCUUAUAGCGCCGCGGGCGGCGGUUGGCGGCGGGGUCGGCACGGACGGCGGCGGCAUGGCGGCUCGGGGGCUCGUGGUGCUGGCGCUGGCCCUGCUGGGCGCCGGGGGCGGCUCCGGGGCAGGAAGCGAGAUCUUGACUUCUGUGGAGGACAUUGGCUCCAAGAUACGCCUUACCUGUUCCUUGAACCGCAGCACCACUGAGAUCACCGGCCACCGCUGGGUGAAGGGGGACAGGGUGCUCAAGGAAGACACGUUCCCUGACCCGAAGACGGAGUAUGAGGUGGACUCGGAUGAGCGCUCGGGGGAGUACUCGUGCAUCUUCCUCCCAGAGCUUCUGGGCAAGAGCAGCAUCGAAGUGAGGGGGCUCCCCAACAUCAAGGCUGUGAAAAAGUCGGAGCAUGCCACCGAGCGGGAGACGGUCGUGCUGGGCUGCAGGUCGGACUCCUUUCCCCCGGUCACCGACUGGGUGUGGUACAAGGUGGAAAGCUCUGGGGACCAGGUCAUCAGCAACAGCUCCCAGAGCAAGUUCCUGGUCGUGUCCUCGGAGACAAAGACGGAGCUGCGCAUCAGCAACCUGGACUUGGAGACCGAUCCUGGCAAGUACGUGUGCAACGGCACGAACUCAGAGGGCACCAGCCAGGCCGUCAUCGUGCUGCGCGUGCGAAACCGCUUCGCCGCCCUCUGGCCCUUCCUGGGCAUCGUGGCCGAAGUCCUGGUGCUGGUCACCGUCAUCUUCAUCUAUGAGAAGCGGCGGAAGCCGGAUGAGGUCCUGGAUGACGAGGACACGGGCUCUGCUCCUCUGAAGAGCAGUGGGCACGUCAACGACAAAGGCAAGAACGUUCGCCAGCGGAACGCCAACUGAGGCCUCCCGCCUCCGCCUGGAGCAGCCGCGAGCAGCUCAGCGGCUGGUGUCUGCAGAUUCCACGUUCUUUCCUCUCACAGGAGACCCGCCCCACGAAAGCAGACCACACACCGUGGGUCAGAUCACACUUUUCUUUCCUUUUUUAAACUAAACUAGGGUUUUCUACAUAGAAUUCCAUUCUUUAGGGGGUUUUUCCUUUUUAAACAUUUUGUGAGCGUCUCAGGGGAGCCGUGAGCUUCCUGCGAGACUCCUGUCCUCCCCUCGUCUGCUCGGCCACCCCUGCCCGCUGUCCCCUCGCCGGCCCCCCACCGCCCUCCCGCCCGCCCCUCCGGGCCCAGCCACCCGUCCUUCGGCGUCCCUUGGGCAUCUAGCCUCCUCUCCCCUCGUGGGGGUCGUGGAGGACGGACUGGCCCAUCUCUGGGGCUCUACCUCCUGGGGCUGCUGGGCCUUGUUGGGACCCCUGUGCAGGGUCACAGGCCGUGCACGGUGCAGGUGCAAGCAUCCUGCCUGCCCAAGUCCUGGCUGGCGGGUUGCCUCGGGUCUGUGUUGUGCGUGGGACGGCUCUGACCACGUGGCUGCUGGCGGGCCCCGCCCGCCCCUCCCCGUCCCUCCCCGUCCCUCCCCGCUCCUGCCAUCCACCCGGUUGCAGGGGAGUUGCCUGGCCACCGGUGCUGCGGGUCUGCUGUUAUGGCAGCUGCAGGACCCCCUCCCAGCUAUUCCCCAGCUGCUCCCCAGCUCCCGACUCGCCCGCCACCUGCCUGCUCACCAAUAAAGAAAGCCUGACCCGUCUCGUUCUCGG